CGUGUGUUCAAGCGAUCCAAGAAGAACGGCGUUCAAAAGAUUAAAACUUUCGAAGCCUUGAAAACUUCCAAUUUCUUUCCAAGCUUUCACACCAAAAGCUUGAAGCCUCAACCAGUAAAAACACUCAGAAGAACCCCAUAACUCCCUCCGAAAAGACUUUCAAAAUUAUGGAACGUAACCGAAAAUCCGAUGUACUCGUCAUCCUCUGUAUAACUAUCACAGUGUUUCAUCUAUUAUCAGUGUCUCUUCCGUAUUGGUACAAAUAUCAGGACGGAAGUGAAGGCCUUUGGCGGAUCUGUACUGAAAAAGAAUGUCGCGAAUACGAAGGGAGUUCAGUGACUUUCAGGGCGUUCCGGAGCAUGGAAGUGCUGGGACUGCUUGCUGCCGCAAUUGUUUCUAUACUCUUAAUUCUGAAGUUUUAUACGAAUGUUGAGAUUCUACAUUUGCAAGCUGCACUUGCAGGCCUUUGUUUAUUUACAGGAUUGACUAUAAUGACUGGAAUAUUUAUAUAUGGUUUUAACGAAAUAACGAUGUAUGCGUGUUACAUCAUGUCCUCGAUUGCGGCAUUGACUUUCUUCCUGGCUGCCGGUUAUUGUACGAAUAUAGAAGGUUCUACACCCAUACACGGUAGUAUGCAUAUAGAAGGUCCUGUGCAAAUAGAAGGUCCUACGAAUAUAGCAGGUUAAUCACACAUGCACACA